AUGAGCACUCCUUCGAAAUCUCUACUCCCAGCGUUGUACUUCGAUGGGGACCUGUUGGUCACCGGAGGAAGCGACAAGACAGUUCGCGUUCAGCGAAAUAGCCGAGACUGCCUCGAGAAGGAACAACUAGGGGAAUGCCUCCACGUGCUAGAGGGCCACACCGAGCGCAUCACGGGGGUGGCGAGGCUGGACGGGUCCCGCCUGGCCACCAGCUCCGCGGACGGCAGCCUCCGGGUGUGGGACGUGUCGUCGGGGGAGACGCUGCACGACGUGCUGCUGCCCUCGCCGGCCUGCUGUCUCGGCGCCGCGGAGGGUUACAUGGUCACGGGUCUGACGGACGGGAGGGUGCUGGCGUGGGAGGCUAAGCGCCCGGAGCGCGCGCCGACGGAGAUCCUGACGCUCGACGCUCACCGCGGGGCGGUCACGACGCUCAGCUUCCCCAAGCAGGAUGUCUUGCUGACGGGGGGGGGGGACGGCAGGGUCAAGUACUGGGAUCUCAACCAGGGGGGGGCGGCCGAGGGGAACCGGUUCGAGAUCGGCGGGGAAAGCUACACCCACGUCUUCCGGGGUCACGCGGCACCCGUCACCGCGGUGCAAUGUGACGAGCAUCGAGUGGUGUCCGCGGCGACCGAUGGCACGGUGUCGGUGUGGGACAUCCGCAGCGGGCAGGAGCUGUUCCAGAUCUACGGUCACGCGGACGGGGUUGGCUCCCUCCAGUUCGAUAGGGAGCAGCUCGUGACUGACGGAACGGGAGAGACCUUGUACUUGCACGACUUCACGGGCAGAAGAGGAGCCCCCGCCGUGAUGGGCUCGGACAACCCUUUCGGCGAUGACGACGACGACGACGAUAACGACGAAGGUAGUCAAAGUGGGUUUCGUAUCGGCGGGGGGGACGGGGGACGGGGCCCGGGGCGAGGGGGGGGUGAUGGUGUUGACGGCGGUAAAGGGGGUGGAGCAGAAGGCUAA